CGCGGAAGACGUUAGUGGGCAAAGGUGAUGGCAGAGGAGAGUGAACUAUAGUCUUGAGUUAUCAAGACGCGACCUAAGUUCCUUUCACUUUCGCCGACUGUUGUUUGUUUGUUUGCUCGCUUGCACGUAGGGCCGCACAAGUGAAGUCGCCAGUCAUGGCUGAGCGCGAUGCCCUCGUAACGGCAUCAAGCUGGCAAGUGCCAUCGAAACAGAUGGCAGAUGUCGGCACGAACGACUCGCAAACCGCACGCAAAGAAAACGAGCGAACAACACGUGCUGGUAGCUUGCCAGAGCCGUACAAAUCAUUCUCGGGAGAGUCAGAGAAAAGACGUGCACAACAAGAAGCAGAAGAGGCAGCUGCCAAAGAAUAUCAGAAAAAUUUGGAGACGAGGGAGUCGGAUCACAAUAAGGUUAUGAGGCAUCUAAAGCUUGACUUUAGUAUCCAGGUCGAUGGUCUUAAGCAAGACAAUAAAGAGCUGCAGAUCACGAUUGACGCGUUCAACAUGCUGUUUGAGAAUAUGCGCGACAAGCAUACGAUCGAGAUCAAGACACUUACUCAAGCGAUGGAGCUACUUCAGAGUGAAUUGGAUGCCAGAGCUAAGGAGCUUAAGAUUAUGUAUGACGCGUACGAUGCACAGGUCAAGAAAGUUGAUGACGAGAGGGCGGAGUUACCAAAGAGGCUGGCCGACGCUGCGAAAAAAGCGCUUGCUCUUCAAUCCAACGUACCCAAGCCAUCCGACAAGGUCGUUGUUUCAAGAGGCCCUGCAUCAGUCCCUCUGCACCUCAAAGGCAAAUCUCAACGCUUCGCUCACUGCACCCAAUGCAUGGGACACAACUGGGAUUGCGAUCGCGGAGUUCCAUGCAAGAACUGCUCGUUACAAGGCAUCAAGAAAGGUUGCAGGCGGGUUGCGUGCGAAUACUACAAGAGGGGCACGUGCAAGAACAAACAGUGUCGCUUUGCACACGAAGGAGAGAUAUACAAGCGGCUCCACCCAUCUGAAGACGUAUGGGGUGACGGGCGCGAGCUGAGUCCAGUCGAGCUUGACAAGAUGGGUGUCUGGUAGACGGACGAUCGCUCGCUGGUACUGCAUAGGAUGGGAAGGGUUGGAUAUACGAGAAAGGACGAAGGGUGGCAUGUAAUUAGACGACGGGGCUUAAAUGAAGCGCUUGAGAAUUCAUCAGAUGCUGCUAUACUCAGCUUGUAACUGUAUGUUUGUACGACGGACUCUGAAUAUAGUGCAGAAGCAGAUAAGAGGUGCUAUGGCUACGUUUAGGGUGUCGAGACUUUCGGUUCCACAGCAAAGAGCUUAUUGAACAUGUUCUGUGGGUCAUACUUGGCCUUUAGCUCCUGCAAACGUUCGUAGUUGUUGCCAAAGACGUCUCUGGACUUCUCUUCGUACUCUAUUAGACGUUAGUGCACCGUUGAAUUA